UGUGUCAAUGUCAAAGGCUUGUAAUAUUUUGCGUGGUAUUUUGCAACUUACUGGUUAGAAUAUUCUUUUAAAAUUGAGUAUAAUGUUUGAAAACUACCGCUGCUCAUUCAUAUAAAUUAUACUAUUCCAAAAAAAUCUUAGAAUAAGCGGUAUCAUACUUGAAAUAAGAAGACAACCGCAACAGUUGAUAUACAAUGUGCAAGUGACCUCAUCUCUCUAAAUUAAACAAUUUAAUAAUGUUUUGAAGCUGACAAAUUCAAUACGUACAUGCAAUAAAACAUGGACCGAGCAACGAGUCCCAAAAAGAAAGUCAAAAGUCCGACUCUUGACACUGCUUUCAAUUUCAACUUUAAAACCUCUAUCACAUGCACUAAUGUCCCAGAAGUUCUAUUAGAAGGUAAUGCUGCUAAAAAACAUUUUAGCAAGUUUGGCCGAGUGCAAAAGAUCAGAUUGUAUCCAAAGAAACGGUCAAUUAUUGUAAUGUAUGAUUUGCCGAUGUCUGUAGAGAAGGCCGUACUAAAUGGUGGUGCUUAUGAUGGCUUCAUGUUCGACGUCACAAGAACAAAAGCAAGAGUGAGGAGACGUAGCAAGAGGGAAGAGGACCCAGACUGGGUGCCAGACUCUGAAGUAGAACAAGAGUUGUCAGCCAUGAGCGGGGCUCCCACUUACAGAGUCACUCGGCAAAAACCAAUGGAACUUGAAUCUCCAAGUACAAGCAAGCCAAAGCUUGUAAAACAGGUAGCAAGACCGCCAGUACGCAGCAAGCUUCCUGUAUGGGAAAAGAAGCCUGUGCCUCCGCCAACAUCUAGCGGCAGAGAGUCGCCAGUGGUACCAACAACACAGACUAGCAUGAGCACGGUGGAAGCGGCUGCUGAACUAAACCAGCUACGGUUCCGUGUGUCCGUGACCCCUGACGAACAAUGGCGGACGUUGGAUGCUAGAGACAGGAUUCUAAGGGCAUGGGGUGGCGCGGGGUCGCGACUGAAGAUAGGCGGCGCCACCAUCGGCACGUGCCCAGACAUGUGCCCAGAGAAGGAACUGCUGCACCGACAGGCCGAACAUCAAGUGAUGACCCUAGAGACGGUCCCCGAGUCAGACGGGCAGCUGGAGCCAUGGCGCGCGGUGAAGCAGUACAGCCGCAGCUCGGCCGACCAGGAGAUCCCCAUGUGCUACGAGCUGCGGCCCGCGCGCGUGCUCGUGCGCACCUGCGCCUACCUGCUGCAUGAGAUCGCUGAUACCCAGCGACAGGUGUCGCUGGCGGACUGGUUCCACUUCAUGUGGGAUCGCUUGCGCGGGAUUCGUAAGGACAUAGCACAGCAGGCUCUGUGUUGUGCCGAAUCGAUUUGGCUUGUAGAGAUGUGUGCCCGCUUCCACGCGCACUGCGCCGCGCGCCUUGCAGACCUCGAGCACACACAGUUUGACCAGAAGCUGAACACUGACAACCUGACCAAAUGUCUGCAAACAUUGAAGCACAUGUACGCAGACGCCGGCACCGACAUGAAGCCGUGCGAGGCGGAGUUCCGAGGCUACAUCGCUCUGCUCAAUCUUGGUGACGCCAAUUUCUGGUGGGAGAUUAAACAACUGCCGUUAGACAUCCAAAAAUCAAGGGAUAUAACUUUCGCCAUGCGAGUAUUUAACGCAUUGGACAACAACAACUAUGUCAGAUUCUUCCGCCUGGUAAAGGAACAAGCUACAUACUUGCAGGCCUGUAUUCUGUUGAGGUACUUCAACGAUGUGCGUGCUCGAGCUCUUGCAAGAAUCGUCAAGGCGUACGCUCCCAGAGGUGGCUCUAAGUAUCCUGCUGAAGAUUUGAUAAAAUCCCUCAGCUUCGAGUCCGUCGAGAGUAUGAAAGCUUUCAUAACACACUACGGCUUACGUAUAGCGAAAGACGAGUAUGAACUCUCUGUAAUACUUGAUAGAAAUCAGUUCAUAGAAGACAGCGAGCCUUACCCAAUCGCACGAGCGGUAAAACUCAUAGAAUCAAAGCGAAAAAGUACCGUCGGUGAAGUGAUAGCUGGCGGAAACUUGCCAAACUAUAAUUAUACCAAUCACACACUCUAUACUAGCUUCCACAAAGAUGGUAAAUUGAAAGAAUCUGCUCUGAUUGCUGAAGAGCAGGGAUACGAUACGCGAAAUGAUAGUAACAAAGAUGUCAAGUCGUUAAAAUCUGAAAUCCAAAGACUUGCGCAAGGUGGAAGAACGUUUGGAAAUAUAGAAAGGACUAUAGAAGUUAAACCUACUUUUAAGAAACCUGAUGCAAGUCCUGGAAAAUCCGCAUACAUGUUUGCAACGCCUGCGGCGAACGAUAUAACGGUACAAAGAUCUUUUUCGUUCAAGCCUGCUAUUCAAGUCGCUCCGACUGAUGUCAUUAAAAGCUCACCUGAAAAAAUUUUUGGGAGCGACAUCAAAAACGUAUUUUCAUUUUCUAAACCUCAAGAUACAAUGGUGUCAAAUAACAUAUUCGUAGCAAAAGAUACAGGAAACUUGUUCAAGCCUCCAUCAGGGACUAACGUAUUUGCUGCAAAACCUCAGGAAAGCGAUAAUUUGUUUAUGCGAAAAAGUAAUGAGAACAAAGAUCCUUUUCCAAAUACACAAAAUUUAUUCAAAAGGUCAGAAGAAGUAAAUGUUUUCAAGAAAGCUGAUAGUAGCAAAUCAAUAUUUGGUCAAGUAGGCAUUGAAGCCAACAACGGAGAAGUUAACAAGAACUUAUUUUCAAAUGAAACAAGCCAAAAUGUAUUUGGAAAUAAAAUUUUUGCUAAAGAUAAUGGAGAAGUCAGUCAUGAAAAACAUAUUAACAUAUUUGCAAAAGCUGUAAAUUCUCAAGAAAAUGCCACAAAAAGUAAUUCAUCAAACAUAUUUGGUGUCUUUAAUAAGCCUAGUGCUGUUUCUACCACUAACAGUCUUUUUACCAAGCCAGAUGAUGCUGCUCAACCAAAAUCGAUAUUUGCAGCAAAUGGCGACGUAUCGCCAGGUACGCUGUUCAAAUCUGCAAUCAAUGUAGAAAACAAGACUUAUUCAAUCUUUCAAAGCAAAAAUAAGACUCCAUCUGUUGCAGACAAUAUAUUUAAUUCCGUAAAUGCUCCUCAAAGUACUGUAUUUGAGUUCAAUCAGAAUGAUGAUGAACAUAAUGUGCCACUAAAACAACAGGUUGCCAACGAAGAAUAUCUCAAACAAGAAUUAGAGAGAAAGCUUCAAGAACGACUGAGAGAAGAGGGAGAAAGAAUACAGGAAUUAAAACGUCGAGAAGAAGAAAGACAAAGAGAGGACGAGAGACGAAAGGAGGAGGAACGGCGGAAAGAGGAAGAACGAAGAAGACAGGAGGAAGAACGCAGGAAGCAAGAGGAACUCAGAAGGCUCGAAGAAAAGCGACGUAAAGAGGAAGAAAGAAAGCAAGAGGAAUUAAAGAGAAAACUUGAAGAAGAAAGAAAAGCAGAAAUCAGAAGGCUAGCUGAAGAGGCAGAAAGACAAUUCAAGGAGAGAGUUGACAAAGAAUCUGCGGAACUUACGGAAGAAUUAGCUAAAGAAGUCAGUGAUGAAACUGUCAGACAAAUACUUAAAGAAGAGAUGGAGAAAAUGAAGAACUUAAUAUCAUACGCCGGUGAAGUAACAGAAGAAAUAUGGAUAGAAUUGUGUGAUGAAAUUAGUUGCUCUGAAAUAACAGCUGAAAAAAUCUGGACAGACAAAUUAAAAAAGAAAUGGUUUAAUGUUUGGAAGGCACAGUUUCAUAGAAACUUUAAAAGAAGAUGUCUUUUGGACGAUACCCCAGUAUGGUUAACUGAUAAAACUCCUGUUGAAGAAGCGUUAAGAUUACGGCGUUCAGUAGAAAAUGCAGCCUUGAAAAACAUGAAUGCCAUUCACAGGGGUUAUGUAUUUACUGGCGAAUUACGACAAUUACCUGCCCAGGAACCAUAUAACGUCGUGGAAAUUAUACGCUCUCCGCUCUUGAAGGGCAUGAAACUAAUCAAUUAUCCAUAUGACAAAUGCUUUUUUUGGAAAGUCACGUUGGUUUCACCUGGCGAAUCGAAGUGGCUCAAUAAAAAGAUAGAACUUGAAAAGUGGAUACUUGAUGCCUUUAGUGACAAAAAGACACACAUAUCUGACAAUUUGAUUCGUGUAGAAAAGCAGUCAUGGAAUCAUUUAAUGGAUUUUGCUAUAUCGGUCAGUAUAACAAGUCUUCAAAAGAAAAACGAUAUUGGUGAUGCCUUGGAGGGUACUAAUGGAAUAGUAUUUUACACUACAGAAACUGAUAACAACUUCAUUCAUACAAUAGAAGAAACGUUAAAGCAGAAGUAUCCUUAUCAUGUUGUACCAGUAACAGUUAUAAUGCCGAAACUAACAGACAGCGAGAUUUAUAACUCCAUUGAACAGACUUUGACUAAUCUAAAAGCUAACUACAUUAUUUCAAGUUUCAAGAUAUUUAUAUUGGAUUCUCAAAAUAUCUAUGGUUCCUUGAAUGCAAAUACGAAAAGUGCACUGAAAUGGAUAGCAAAGAAAUAUCCACAAUGUCCGCCACUUGAAGUAGAUUAUUUGAAAUCAAUUUGUCAAAGGUACCUUGGGAAUGAAAUAUGGCACAGACUGAAAUCAGAGACUGAUGGUCGAAUUAAUAAUGUUUUAAAAGAUUUGCAUAAGCUUGUAAAGUGUUACAACCUUGCUGUAGACAAACUGACAGAAGUGAUCACAAAUGAAGAUCUGUUCAAUUACCCUGCCUUUCCACUGGAAUUCAAAGAAUAUCUUGACCACACAACGCCAUAUCCUAAACCGUAUGAAUUCAUACCUACAAAUGCGAGAAACUCUGACAAUACGUCGGCAAUCAGGGAUAUGAUGAAUAAAUUGAAACUCCCAAAUCCUGUGUCAGAAUUUCUACCUGUGGAUGUUCCCAGUAUGCAAAAUGAAAUGCGGAAAUAUUGUAAUCAAAUAGGAUGGUUUGAGAACACUGAACAGGUUGUGUGUAAAGUUGUCGCAAAAUUACCAACACCAUUUGCUGAAGUUGGCAUGCCAUGCGAAGAAUUCACCAAAUAUUUUGAGCAUUAUGAUCUCAUAGACUUUCUGAAUAUCUUGGUAUAUGAAAAAAUUAAUAGAUUACAAAACUUUGACAGCAGAUUUGUUGUGUAUGAAAGAUCAUGUUUAGAAAUUUAUCGAAACAUGCUCUGGUUAUUGGAAACUGAAAUAGUGUCCACUAUGAAACACAAAGUUGUGGAAUAUGAAGAUGAUUUAGAUGUGUUCAUUGAAAACAAAAGACGUAAAAUAGCUGCAGAUUCAAUGGAAUAUCUCAUGUUAGAAGAUAAUGAUUGUACAGUAGUUGAAGAAAAUAUAAAAGCUGUUAAUAAAAGUAUAUCAAGAUAUAGUGAUUGUAAGGAAGCUGUGAAACAGCUUGAGGAACAAAUUGAUUUAGAAAGACAGAAAUCACUGGAAUUAGAAAAUUUGUUAAAAGCUGCCCUCUCUAAUGUGUAACACAUUCUGUCACAAUUCUAUUUUUGUAUUGAUUGAUAGCAUGGAUACUUGUUGAAAUAAAAUCAAAAAUAUUGAAUUUA